ACGACGAGUUCCCAGUGUGUCACCCCUGGGCGAACUCCGAGGCCUGCCCACUACCGCGGCAGGGGCGGCUCUCCCAGCGCCUUGUGCGGCUGCUCUGGCCAGGGAGGAGUGACAGGGAGCAGCGCUCCGGCCGGUCCCCUCCUCGUCCGCCCGCUCCGCCCCAUUCUCUCCCGGGAGCCCACCCGAGCCCGGGCGCGGCGAGGCAGAGUGGCCUUGGUGCUCGCCAGUUCCCGUUCCCGGAUCUCGAGCCGCAGUGCCCACCCUGCCCUCCAGCUGCUGCUGUCGUCCCCCCACCCCCCACCCCGAUCCGCGACCCUAGUUCCCGGAUCCCCUCACAGCGGGCCACCGAGCUCCCGGGACACCAGAGCCAAAGUUCUGUCAGUUUGGGUCAGCAAUGAAAGGCAGGAUCCUGGACGGUGGCCCUGAAUCCUGAUUGCCUGUCUGUCAGGGAGACACAUGUGGUCAAAGAUGAAUUUGAGAAAAGUAGCUGCUGGCUUCUGGAACUAUGGAAAAGCAGGGCCAUCAUGAGAUGGAAGCCAUCCCACUGGGCUGUCACUCCUACAUUAAACUGUUGACGAUCAACAGGGAACAUCUGGUCACCAACAUCCGUAACACUCAGUGUCUGCUGGACAACUUGCUGAGGAAUGGCUACUUCUCAGCUGAAGAUGCAGAGAUCGUGUGUGCUUGGCCCACCAACCCUGACAAGGUCCGAAAAAUUCUUGACCUGGUGCAGAGCAAAGGUGAAGAGGUGUCCGAGUUCUUCCUCUACGUGCUCCAGCAGCUCGAGGACGCUUAUGUGGACCUCAGGCUGUGGCUAUCAGAGAUCGGCUUCUCUCCUUCCCAGCUCAUUCGGAGCAAAACCAUCUUCAAUACUGACCCAGUGAGCAGGUACACCCAGCAGCUGCGACACCAACUGGGCCGCGACUCCAAGUUCAUGAUGUGCUACGCCCAAAAAGAGGACCUGCUGCUGGAGGAGACCUACAUGGACACACUCAUGGAACUAGUAGGCUUCAACAACGAAAACCUGGGCAGCCUGGGAGGCCUGGACUGCCUGCUGGACCACAGCACCGGCAUCCUCAAUGAGCAUGGCGAGACUGUCUUCGUGUUUGGGGACGCGGGAGUGGGCAAGUCCAUGCUGCUGCAGCGGCUGCAGAGCCUCUGGGCGUCCGGCAGGCUGGCCUCCACAGCCAAGUUCUUCUUCCACUUCCGCUGCCGCAUGUUCAGCUGCUUCAAGGAGAGCGACACGCUGAGUCUGCAGGACCUGCUCUUCAAGCACUUCUGCUACCCGGAGCAGGACCCCGAGGAGGUGUUCUCCUUCCUGCUACGCUUUCCCCACACAGCGCUCUUCACUUUCGACGGCCUGGAUGAGCUGCACUCGGACUUCGACCUGAGCCGCGUCCCGGACAGCUGCUGCCCCUGGGAGCCGGCACACCCGCUGGUCUUACUGGCCAACCUCCUAAGCGGGAGGCUGCUCAAGGGCGCGGGCAAGCUGCUCACCGCCCGUACAGGCGUGGAGGUCCCCCGCCAGCUUCUGCGCAAAAAGGUGCUGCUCCGGGGCUUCUCCCCCAGCCACCUGCGCGCCUAUGCCCGCAGGAUGUUCCCCGAGCGCAUAGCUCAUGAGCAUCUGCUGCAGCAGCUGGAUGCCAACCCCAACCUCUGCAGCCUGUGCGCAGUGCCGCUCUUCUGCUGGAUCAUCUUCCGCUGCUUCCAGCAUUUCCACACGGCCUUCGAGGGCUCCUCCCAGCUGCCAGACUGUGCCGUGACCCUAACCGAUGUCUUCCUGCUAGUCACUGAGGUGCAUCUGAACAGGACGCAGCCCAGCAGCCUGGUGCAGCGCAAUACACGCAGCCCGGCAGAGACACUGCGCGCAGGCUGGCGCACGCUGCACGCGCUGGGCCAGGUGGCGCACCGAGGCACCGACAAGAGCCUCUUUGUGUUUGGCCAGGAGGAGGUGCAGACGUCGAAGCUGCAGGAGGGGGAUCUGCAGCUGGGCUUCCUGCGGCCUCUGCCCGACGUGGGCCCUGAGCAGGGCCAGCAGUCUUAUGAGUUUUUCCAUCUCACGCUCCAGGCUUUCUUCACUGCCUUCUUCCUGGUGGCAGAUGACAAAGUGGGCACCCGGGAGUUGUUGAGGUUCUUUCGAGAGUGGACGUCUCCUGGGGAGACAUCAAGCACGUCCUGCUAUCCGUCCUUCUUCUCCUUUCAGUGCCUGGGUGGCGGUAGCCGGUUGGGCCCUGAUCCUUUCAGGAACAAAGACCACUUCCAGUUCACCAACCUCUUUCUGUGCGGGCUGCUGGCCAAAGCCAGACAGAAACUCCUUCGGCAGCUGGUGCCCAAGGCUACCCUGAGGAGGAAGCGCAAGGCCCUGUGGGCUCACCUGUUCGCCAGCCUGCGCUCCUACCUGAAGAGUCUGCCCCGGGUCCAGAGCGGAGGCUUUAAUCAGGUGCAUGCCAUGCCCACAUUCCUGUGGAUGCUGCGCUGCAUCUACGAGACACAGAGCCAGAAGGUGGGACGCCUAGCCGCCAGGGGCAUCAGCGCCGACUACCUCAAGCUGGCCUUCUGCAACGCUUGCUCUGCCGACUGCAGCGCCUUGUCCUUCGUCCUGCACCACUUCCACAGGCAGCUGGCCCUGGAUCUGGACAACAACAACCUCAAUGACUACGGAGUGCAGGAGCUGCAGCCUUGCUUCAGCCGCCUCACGGUCAUCAGACUCAGUGUCAAUCAGAUCACGGACACAGGGGCGAAGGUGCUGUGUGAAGGACUGACCAAGUACAGAAUCGUGACAUUCCUGGGCUUGUACAACAACCAGAUCACUGAUAUCGGAGCCAGGUAUGUGGCCCAAAUCCUGGAUGAAUGCAGAAGCCUCACGCACCUUAAACUGGGGAAAAACAGAAUAACAAGCGAGGGUGGAAAGUGUGUGGCUCUGGCUGUGAAGAACAGCACCUCCAUCAUUGAUGUUGGGAUGUGGGGCAAUCAGAUUGGGGAUGAAGGGGCAAAGGCCUUUGCAGAGGCACUGAGGGACCACCGCAGCCUGACCAACCUCAGUCUUGCAUCCAACGACAUCUCCCCAGAGGGAGGGAAGAGCCUCGCACAGGCCCUGAAGCAGAACACCACUCUGUCAAUAUUCUGGCUGACACAAAAUGAACUUAAUGAUGAGGCAGCAGAGUGCUUCGCUGAGAUGCUGAAAGUCAACCAGACGCUGAAGCAUUUGUGGCUUAUUCAGGCUGCUGCGAGCCCAAUGAGAACCAGUCAGCAGAGCAAGGGCAACUGGAAAAGAAUGUUUUUUCUCCUUUUCACUAGUCUCAAUGGAAACUUAAUUAAGCCCGAGGAGGCCAAAGAGUUUGAAAAUGAGAAGCGAAUCAUCUGUUUCUGAUAGACAUUCCUGCGCCGGAUCUUUGACCUAGGUCGCUCCUCAGUCACAGACAGCACUGUGCCGUCAGCAGGGACAUGGGAUGCUGCGCAGGGCCUGCAGCAAGGGGACCAUCAGGAGCCCUCCCCUGCAGAUGCUCGGACUGGCAGCACCCGGGCCGUGGCUGGGACUCUGCAGAAGUAGAGUGUCUUAGAGGCCGCCGUCAUCAUUCGAAACCAGCCAGGCAUUGUCUAUGUGGAGAGACUUCCCUGCGUGUUCAUAAUGAUGUCUGAAGACGAAAGAAUAAGAGGCAGAGGGGGCCGAGCUCAGGUCCCACAGAUGCCUGCUUGAAGGGUCCAUGGGACUCAUGCCACCUUCAGGAAGGAGCUGGGAACUUGGGCAGAGCCGACAGCUGCCACUUUUUAGAAAGAAGGCACCUGGUGACCACACAAUUAUCUUGAAACCUCCUUCCUCUCCUCAGUACCCCCGCUCCCCACUGUACAGAUCUGUUUCUUCCUCACGGCCUUGGUUACUAAAGUAGGUCCACUGUGGAGAGGACUCAUCCCAGGGCCCACAGCGAGCUGGUUGUCAAGGGCUCAUCGCAGACUUCGGGUUCAGUUCUGGAUUCUCCCUGGUUGCAAAUGAGAGUCAGAGGAUGAUGCCCUCUGAACCGGUCUUGGAGGAAUGCUAUGCCUUAAGAGGACUGAGGUUCUACCCAGAGUUUUUACCCAUCUCUACUUGCCCCAGGAGGGAGCAUCAGUUCCCAUCCGCCAGCCACAGCAGCAUGGCUUGCCUCAGUGGUCCUGAGAUCCCAAACAAAACUCUCUCCCUUGCCUGUGAGCAGGAAGUAUCUUCAUGCCCUCAGCAGUUCGAGGGUAACUGAGCACAGCCAAGACUCAGGGAGCUGGCUGAGAGCUUUGCCAGAAAAGCGUGGCAGAUCCCCACCACGAUGGUGGGGAUGUGGGGAUGCCCAGCAGGGUGGGAUGGUUGGGGAUGCUGCCAGAUAACACGUUCUUUUGCCACCACAUUUGUUAAUAAAAUAUUGAAAAUGCUCACU